GAGUGUGACCUACCAAUGGUAGACCUGCAGGAAGACGGCUGUCUGGACAUGGAAGCUCAGAACUUUCUCACCAGCCUCAAAGUGAGAAUUACGGACAACCAUCCCAAACUGCUGAAGGUGCACUUUGUCCAGUGGAGCCAAGAUCUGGUGAAUCCAAAGAACCGAGCACAUGCUAAGUACUUGAAGGAGCUGGGAGAGCAGUUCAUUGCCACAGUCAACCAUCAGAUUCUUGAACGCCUUCGCUACCAGAAUAAGGGCAAUCAGAUGCUGGGCCCUUUUUUCCAGGAGCUGCAUCACCACAUGGCCCAGUGCAAGGACAAGUGCCAAGUGUUUUGUGGGAGGGAGGAACUCCUGAGCAGAAUUGGAAGGGCCAUCACAGCAAAUGAUGGCAUCAACCAUUCUCCCCUAGUUGUUUUUGGGCCUCCUGGAGUUGGAAAGACAGCUCUGAUGUGCAAAAUAUCAGAGCGCAUCCAAGACUUCUUGGGACAAAAGAUAGUGCUGGUAUUACGGCUCCUGGGAACAUCUCAGGCAAGUUCCAACAGCUGCAUUUUAUUGAAUAGCAUCUGUCUCCAGGUGUGCUUAGCCUAUGGUUUGCCACUUCCACCUGCACGGGUCAUGGCUGUUUAUAGUGGAGCUGUCCAGUUCUUUCAAGAUCUUCUCUUUAUGGUUUCCAGUAGAAAUGUUGAGUCACUUGUGCUCAUAUUGGAUGCAUCUGAAGAGCUGACCUUGACCUAUGGAGCAAAAGUUCUCACAUGGCUGCCAAAAAAGUGCCCCCCCAAAGUUCACCUCAUUCUCUCUGCUUGUUCAGUAGAGUCUAGAACCUUAAAAACUCUGCAGGGGGUGAUCACUAGCUCUGAAGCUUAUUUUGAAGUGAAACCACUCUCUGGGGAGCAAGGUCAGAAGAUGAUUGAGCUCCUUUUGUCAUCUGUGAAGCGGAAGCUGAGCUCUGCCCAGAGGGACCUACUCUGGGCCAGCCUCCCAGAAUGUGGGCAUCCCUUGAGGCUAAAACUGGCUUUUGAUGAAGCCCAGAGUUGGGCAUCCUACACAUUACCUGUCUCUCUGGCCACCACUGUCCAACAAGCAAUGCACCAGCUUUGUGCCCGUUUGGAGGAGUUACAUGGCCAAGUCUUGGUGUCCCAUGUACUUGGGUAUAUUGUGACUGCCCGGUAUGGGCUGUCAGAAGCAGAAUUGAAGGAUGUCUUAUCUUUGGAUGAUGAAGUUUUGAUGGAAGUCUAUCAAGAGUGGACUCCUCCCAGCAAAGAUGUUCUUCGUUUUCCUCCUCUCUUAUGGGUGAGGCUCCGGCGAGACCUAGGGGAUUGCUUGAUGAAGAGACCUGCAGAUGGCUUCAUGCUACUUGGACUCGCUCACAGACAACUGACUGAGGUGGUCAAGGAACGCUAUUUAUCAGGACAAGAGAAAACAAGGAGACAUCAUCUCUUAUCUGAAUUCUUCACUGGAGCCUGGAGUCAGGGUAUAAAGAAACCUAUGACUCUACCCCUCCUGGGAAAACCACUGAACUUUGACAGGAAGGUUGCACCUCAACCACUCUGGUUUUCGGAUACUGUUGCAAAUCUUAGGAAGUUAAGUGAAUUGCCCAGUCACCUGGCUAAUUCAGGACGUAUAGAAGAGUUGAAGAAGGAUGUUCUCGGGAACAUGGAUUGGAUUUCAUGUAGAGUUCUUUCCAGUGGAAUCACAAGCAUGCUGGAGGAUUUUGCCCUCUGUGCUGAACACCUUGACUGUCCUGAACUCAGUCUCAUCCGUGAUGCCAUCCAGCUCUCAAGACCCACUAUAGAUCGUGCAGUGGGCAUGGACAAGAGCAUUUUCUACACAGAGAUUUUGGCCCGGCUUUAUUCCUUUUCCUCUCUGUACCCAGCACUCAUUGGACAGCUGUGCCAUCAGUGCACGAGGUGGUUUAAUGCAUAUCCACAUCCUGUUCUCAUCCCCCUCUGUGGGUUCCUUCUGCCUCCAGGAGGGCCCCUCCAGGAGAUGCUCACAGGCUAUAACAAAGGCAUCACGGCAAUAGAGUGGAGUUCCAAUAACAAACUCUUGAUAGUUGGAUCACAGAAUGGAGUCCUGGUUGUGUGGGGUAUGCAGGAGCGGGAGAGCCAGGUGGUGCAUAUCUUAACUGGUCACACUGGAGAAGUGAGGUGUGUGAAAACAUUUGGACAAGGCAAUUAUGCCAUCUCUGCUUCCAAGGAUCGCACACUGCGCAGGUGGAAUUUAGUUUCUGGCAAAGAGAAGUAUGUCAUUCGGGAUGGAAUCUCUACUGAUCGCAAGGAGCCAUAUUUCUGUUGCCUCCAUGUGGAUGAAAAGAAAAAAGUUGUAUAUUCAGCAUCUGGUUCGAAGAUUAAUGCAUGGAACCUGGAAACUGCAGAAGCCAUUUUCCACAUUGUGGGUGAUGCAAGGGAUCCUUGGCUUUGGGCCACAGUAUUUCCUUCGAGCUCAGAGGUUGUGACGCUGUCUAAAGAAGGGCUUGUGAGUACCUGGGAUGCUCAUACUGGAAAAUCCAGGUCAAAGCAUUGCCUCUCCAGUCUGAAGGAAGAAACCUGGACUAGUGGAACCUCACUCCAGAAGCAAGGACGGAUUGUUGUUGGCUCCCACAGUGGCUCCCUUUUAUUGAUCUCCCCUAAGGGAAGCAGUCUACUGGAAAAAGUCUCCACUGCUGUGCAGCUUCUGGUAGUUUCAGAAGAUGAAUCUCUUCUUGCUGCAGGUUUUGGAAAAUAUGUUCGAGUAUUUUUGGCAGAUUCAAAGGGAUUUCAUAGAUUCAUGGCCGUGGAUCUUGAACAUGAGAACACAGUGGAAGCAGCCAUUAUUGGUCCUGAUAAUAAUGUGAUUGUCACUGGGUCUCUUGAUGCAUUCAUCCAGGUUUGGAGUCUGUCGGAACAGGGGACCCUUCUAGACAUUUUUGAUGGCAUGGGAACCCCAGGGAAUAUGUUGGCCUGCUGUGGAAACACUUUGGUUUCUGCCUCCAGGAAUUCAUCAUCAUUCAGUGUUUGGGAUCUUGCUUAUACCCGGAAGCAUAAACUCUCAUCCCCUUUUUUGGACCGUACUGGCUGUGCUGCAGUGUCUCACAAUGGAAACUAUGUAUACUUCCCCAAAAUAGGAGACAAAAACAAAAUCACUGUCUGGGACUCUGUGGAAGGGGAAGAUCAUGAUAUUUUAGAUGCUUCAAAUGAAGUGCGGUGCUUGGAAGUCGCUGAGCAGAUGAAGUUGCUCUUUGCUGGGCUGAUCUCAGGGACUGUCCUAGUGUUUCCCCUGAACUCCAGGCAAGAUGUAAUGUGCAUCCCACCCCCAGAAGCUAAGAAAUCAGUCAAAUGCAUGGCCCUGAGCAGAGGGGAGGAACGGCUGGUCAUUGCAUAUGACAACAUAGUACUGGUGAUGGACAUUAGGCCAGAAGAUCCCUGCCCAGUAAUUGAUGGACCUACAUACACAUUUUAUACUCAACUUCCUGCUUUGAUAUCAAGUAUAGCUGUUCUCACCAACUACCAGGUAGUUUAUGGCAUGACCAAUGGAGAAGUGUUUAUUUAUGAGUGUGCAAAAUCCAAAGUUUUCCCCUUAGAAGCCCCCCAGGGCAAAGUUACUUGUUUAGAAGUCAGCCACCAAGAACAAUGGGCAGUAAGCAGUUCUCAGGAGUCUCUGCUGUACCUUUGGGACCUAGAGCUCUGCAAGUGGAAACAUACACUGACUUUUGAGAGUGCCUUCUCCAGAGGAAUUCAGUGUGUCUGUUUCUCCAAAGAUGAUAAGUAUGUAUACAGUGGGUUAAAGGAUCAGUCCAUUCUAGUCUGGAAUGUUUCUGAUGGUUCCUUGUUGGCUGUUCAGUUUGUGUGUGCAACAGUAAACAAAAUUAUUUCUACAGCUGAUGGGUUCAUUGCAACAACAAGACAUGGAUAUCUCAUCCGUGAGCGCUUCCAGUGCCCUCAGCCAAUAAGUGCCUCUUAUGACCCCCUCAAGAACAUCAAGGCAGCAUGUACCAUCAAAACCAAGAAGCAGGAGGAGGAGAUUCUAGUGGUGGUAAGAAAACAGCAGGGUGACUCAGAAAGAGUGGAAGAAAAGCAAAACAGUACAAACAAGAUCUCUCAAGUUUGUGUGGUCAUAUAACAGAAGGUGAGAUAUUACAAAGAGAAUUCAGGCAAUCCCAUCACUUCACAUAGGACCGUCCUUUGUUUUUCAAAUCAUUCUCUUUCCUCAUCAUAACCACUUCAGCUCAGACCUGCUACUAGAAUAUCAUCAUUGGACCUUUUAAAAAUUUUAUAUAAUAAACAAAUAUUUA